GAGGGUGGUGUGGUAGGAGUUGACAUGGAGUGGCAGCCCACCUUUGGCUGUAUCUCCACUCAGAGAGUGGCCCUGAUACAGCUUGCUGCUUUGGAUCAGGUUUUCUUAUUAGACCUUUGUGUAGCUGGAUUCUGUCAACACCCUGGGACUGUUAGUUUCAUCAGGAGCUUGUUCUCUGACAGGAGCAUCAUCAAACUGGGUUAUGGUAUGUCAGGAGAUAUCAAGUGUCUCCUGGCCACUUGGCAGCAGCUUUUAGAGGAGCCAUUAAAGAUGGAGGGGGUGCUUGAUCUUCUUAAAAUACACCCAAAGAUCCAGCGUCAAAAGAUCAACAGGCCUCAGAAUGGACCCAAAGAGGUGCUGGUAGGAGAGGGCUCCUCAGAGAAAGGCCUCAGUCUGCUGGUACAACAGGUCCUCAAAAAGCCCCUGGACAAGACCGAGCAGAUGUCCAACUGGGAGAAACGGCCAAUGCGCAUCAGCCAAAUUAGAUAUGCAGUGGCAGAUGCCUGCUGUUUGCUGGAGGUGUACUCAGUCCUAUCCAGCAAUCCAGAUCAAUUUGGGCUACCGUCGGACCUGCGCAGCAUCAUGUCCCGCCAAUCAGAGAAAAGAGGAGGCAAAAAGAAGAAUGAGGAAAAGUCCUGUGACAAAGAGGAAUGUCAGGGGGCUCAAAGGGUCAGCCCCCCUCGCUCCGACAGAGAGAAAGGCCUCCUGUGUGGCGAGAAGCCUUCUGAAGACGCCCCCCCUCUGCCCCCCCAGCACUUGCGGGUGGUGUGUGACAACAUGCUGCAGGGACUCGGGAGAUACCUGCGCUGCCUGGGAGUCGAUGUGAUCAUGUUGGAGAACACUGAUGAUCACAGAGUGGCAGCAAAGUUAGCACAAGCUGAAGGCCGAUUCAUUCUUACGUGUGGACAACCGUAUCAAACUCUGCGGUCCCAGGUAGGAGAGGGUCGCUGUCUGUCCCUGGACUGUGCCGAAAAGGCCCGAGACCAGGCCGCUCAAGUCCUCCGACACUUCAAUGUGCAGCUCAAGCACUGUGACAUCUUCAGCCGCUGCCAGGUAAGGAAACUCACGCUGUUUCUCAAUGUAUUUAUUAAAUGA